AUGUUAGAGAAGAGAAAUGUUGAAAAGAAAAUAUUAGGAAAGAAGUGUAAUGUUUGGAAAAAGCAAGUAUCAGAAAAUAGUAAAUGUUGGGGAAAAUUAAAUAUCAGGAAAGUAAAUAUUAAUGAAGAGUAA